AUGGCCCCAGCCCUGACCAAGCUCUCCAAAGAAGACCACGGAAUCCACCUGGGGUCCAGCAACAUGGAUGCAGAUGGGGCAAUGCUCAAUAUCGAGUGUGAUCCUCAGUUGAAACUGAUGGAGGACAGUUAUGCUCAGAGGGUGUGGCUGAACUUUUCCUCUCUACCCUUUCUGGACACUUGUUGCUCCAGCAAGAGUCCCCUUGACUUUCCCGAGUCGCUCCUGUCCCCUCUGCUACAGGCCUCGGCUGGCCAGUACAAAACUGUGCUUCUUUCCAGCCCCGGUUCCCUGCUCAGCCUCCUGGCCCUCAACAAAACCCUGAAGCAUUCCCUGGUGGCCUGUCCAGGUGCACAAGACAUAUAUUUUGUUCCCAUCCCUGAACACAAUAGCCAAGGUGUGGCUCAGCAGCAACAGCAGUGUCAACACAGUGGCCAUGGACCAGAUGGCUAUGAUAUCCCCCAGUCCCCUUCAAAACACGGCCCGGGGGAUCUCAUGUCCCAGUACAACCCUGCUGUCCUCACACCCCUCAUUGAGAGGCAGGAGGAACGGGGCUCCAGCAGCACAGUCACAGCUCCAGCCCAGCUGUGGGCCAGGGGGGCUAGGAGCCAGGUCCAGGAGCAGCCUGUGACUGCAUUGGUGGAGGAGGUAGUGAGAGAGCAGACCCACUGGCAUCUCUCCCAACAAGCGGCUCAGUUAGGACGGGCUGGGAGGCUCCAGAGGAGACUUCAAGCUCUACUAGGGGACCACGCCUCUCGCCACUGCAGCCUCCAGCUGGAGGGUCUGAAGGGGAGUCAGGGCAGGGAGACCCCAGGUCCCCCCUCACCCCCAGCUGACACCAAGCCCUUUGAUACAGCCAUGGGGCAGAGACAGACGGGUACACUGAGCCGCAGGACCCAGGGCCCUGCCCUACUGCAGACCUCCUUACCCCCAUCUCCCUCCACAGACAUCCAGGAGUUUACCCGCUAUGCCCAGGUUGUGCUGCGCGGGGUGCAGGAGGCUGUAGACUCUGAUGCCACAGAGAGCAGCUCAGAUGAAGAGUUGGAGCCUCAGCAGAAAUGGGGGACCACAUCUCGAUCAGUGUGAGUACAGACAUUCUGGUAAUGUGCUGUAAUAAUGUUGUAGACCUGUUAAUUACUUAUGAGAAACAGGAAGUCUGUUGUUCAGUUGAAUAAGAAUGAUAGGGAAUUUUAUUUCAUGCUUGAGUGGGAUGCUAAAACAUUGUCGAAGUCCUAACUGUAUGCAACAGGAACCAAGGAUUUUCAUAGUUAACUGUGUCUCUGGAUGAGGUUUGUUAAAAGCUGUUAGCUGAAAACCUGGAGCUGGCAUAUUUUAAAGAGCUGUGGUGUUUUCCUGGAUACCACAGUGGGUUAUCACAGCUAAAUAAACAGGGUUAAGGGGAGAGUUAGGCUAUGAAAAACACAUGCCAUAUGUGUGUCAGUGAGUGAAUUAUAAAUGGAAAAACAGACCUGGGUCUGGCAUCAUCCUAGCAUCAUCCUGCUGGGUAGAACACAGAGCUAGAAUGAUUCCAAGUCUAUGCUAUUCAUUCUAUUUCUAUGGGGUAGAAUGGUCUCUGUGGCCUUUCAUUAGCUCCUCCAUGGAGAGAGGUUAUGGCAUGCACCUCCCCCGGGAAUAUCUCUCCUCUUCCGAGACUGAAUGGGCCAUUCUUGGCCCCUCUUUCUGGAAAAUGUGAUAACAAUGGUUACAACGCUAAAAUUGGGAAGUCGUACUCACUCUUGAUUUCUGUCCUCUUUCAGUUUCUUAUAUGUUCAUAAUUUGACGUGGAAUUACUGUGGCAGAAUAGGAUAAUUCCUUGAAAGUGAAAUGAGGGGCACACCCUGUAAUACAGGGAUGGGCAACUUUGAUGGGAGCGGGGGCCACAACAAAUCUGAACUCCUCCUGAGGGGCCGCAGUGGCUUGCGGGUCUGUGUACCCCCAUCCAUACCCACACAUGCAGUCAGUGUUGGCCCUAGCCUUUUGGGGGCCCUAAGCAACAUUUCCUGCAAUUCAAUUUUUUUCUCCAUAGGGUGGAGAGAAUUGUGAGAGUGACUAACAAAAUCAAUGGUGGACCCCCGGUCAAUAAUUGGACAAUGAUUACUAUAAGUUUAGAUAUCUGGCCGCUAGACCAGGAAAAAAAAGUCAUGUUAGCUGACAUGGGCUAAUUGAGUAACUGUCAUAACAAAAGAAAAACUGCUGAUGCACAACCACCAUUUUUAAAUUGCAUCUUGUAGUGUAUUCUGCUAUUCUAACUCUGAACAGUAAAUUGAGACCUAAAAAAAAUGUGUAUAUAUUAUUUAAAAAAACAAAAACAACUGAGGGGGAAUUGAUCCAUCCCAGCUGUAGGCUUUACUUUAUGCCCCGACCUACAACUAGAGUAAUAACAGUGUUUAAGAAAGCAGAGCUUAGUUAAUACAUACAGGCUGGCUUUUUCCUCAGUUGGGAUCAGGGCUGAAAACGUGUGUGUAACUGCAAGAAUAAUGAAAUGCACCACCAGUAUAGAACAGCUCCAGUGCCACUGUGUAUUUAGCUUUGUUGAGCUGGCCUGGCAGAGGGUGGAUGGUUGGUGUUUUCCAUUGGGCGGCAGCAGUGUCUCUGGAGAAUGGAGAUAGUGCCCAGGUCCUGUGGGCUGUUUGUUUAUGUUGCAACCCGGGAGGGAGUGCUGCUCCUCAGCAAGAGAUAGAGCCUCUCCUCUCCUCUUAGACUGCUUGACUUGGGAUGGGGGUGGCAGCUUUUUACACUUUAGCGGUGUGGAAAGGUUCCACCACCUAGCUUACAACUCAAAGGAUAUCAAAAGUCAUUUUUCACUUUCCUUAUUGUGAAAUGAAACCAAACUUGAAGUGGUUUUAGUUUGAGAGGCGACAGUGUUACAGAAUUGAGCCUGUGUUUGUUAGUGUGGGGGUCUAUCUAUAUCUAUGCCCCACCAGUCACCAGCCGACCCAGCCGCCCUUUAGUUGUCCACUCUGUUUGAAGUGGCUUGCUCCUGGCAUUCUCAGGGCCGCUACAUAGAGCCAUGGUAACUAACCUAACUGGACUGUGGAACUGCCUGCCAGAAACCAACGUCUAGCCCUGCACUACAGUAAUAGUGGAAUGCAGUCAGAAGCUCCAUGGAAACCUACACACAGUUUUCUAAUUAUUUAUUUGUGGCCUAGAUAUACUUUCUACUCAUCUCAACAGAAUAAAAAUAAUGCUCCCUCAUUAUCUGCCGUGUAAUAUGAAAAGGCUGAUAUGCAAAAGUAGCAUUUUCAUCUAGUGCUUUAAAAUGUAGGUCAUAGUGUAGGCUAUUUGUUGACGGUACUGUGUAAACAUUAACCAUAUGUCCUCAGCCUCUGUACUCUUGUUGUGCUGGCCUAUCUAUGUUUUAAAGGUCAGUAAACAUACACACACUCCAACCGUUCAACCUGUUUCAAGGAAAAGGUUGUAUUUUAUUAGAUGAAGAAAAAACCUACAGAAAUGAAUAAUCUAGAAAAAUAUGGAAGUGUUUAGGGCAAACAUCCCUAUUAAGCCCACAAAAUCCACUUUUCAGACAUUCUUUAAAUAUACUGACCCAAUUUAAGUGAGAACAUUUUAGUUAAAAUGAAAAUCUCUCAUUUGAAGUGUCAAUAAUUCAUUUAUACCAAUUUCUAAUGUUUUUAUUGUUUAAUUUGUCAAAAUAUGUUGAAAGUCUGGCAUUGACUUAAUGGGUACCUAAUGUAACCUUUAAGCCCAUGGGUGUUCCAAAUAAGCCCACUUCAGAUUUGUUGAUGAAUAAAUAUAUAAUUUAUAUUUAAAAAAUCUUAACAAUACAAACUUGUUCUUGCCAAAUCUGUAAUCUCAAUAGCUAUUUUCAUUUAGUCUCCACUCCUAUCCUGCCUGUAAAUGGCAUUUGAAAUGGGCGUACCAGCCUUUUUGCUGUGUUGUCAACGCAGAAAAAGCUAAACUUCUUUGGAAUGUAGCCAAAAAAUCAAAACUAUAGUGGAAAUGACUCUUCAAUACUUCAUCUUUCAAUAUGUGUUGUCAUUUAGUCUGUAUCUCUAUCCUAUGGUGUGCUGUUGGCAUUUGAAAUUGGCCAAAAUUGUAGAUGAAGAUUUCUGAAGACCGACUGACUAAAAGAAAAACUGUUUGCAGGUUCAAUACUAAUGUUCAAAGGAUUGUAAAUGAGUCAAUUUCAGGAUUUACAUUUAAACAAUAACUUUAAUUGAUUUUCAAAUGUUAAUCACAUUUAGGCUAGUAGUUUGAAAACAUUGUAAAAACACAUUUUAAAACCAUUCAGUUCAUUGUGGAGUAACAUUAAAACAUACAGUUCAUUGUGAGGAGACAUCUGUCAAAACAUCUUGAAGCUCAUGUAUCAUUAGCCUAUAACUUAAGCAAAAUAAAGAAGAAACAUUUCUGCAAUUUCUACUUUCUCCUAGGCUAAACGUAGGCCUAUGCUCUUUGAUGUGAUUUUAUCGUUUUAGUUAUCUUAGUAGUGUAACAAAACAGGUUAUAGGGUGGUCUAAGCUUUAUUUUGUUUGUUUGUUUCAAUCUUUUGCCCAUGUUGUGGUUGUCUUUGCUUGCCAGUCUUAUGCAAACAAGUCUUUGAUGGCUUUUAUCUUGUUUUUGUACAGAUUUUCAAUGACCUCAUGAUUGAGCAAAUAUAAUGGUCCAGGUCCCUCCAGCUCUGCUUUGCAGAGGAUGAACUUGAGGUCUACAUCCUCAAUCUUGUCCCUGGAUGGGAGGAAGUUGUUUGGCCCUCUGUCUAGGAACUUCAUCACGUACCGUUCACCCUCUGGUGGUGCUGACUCGUUAAGUGAUCGUGCGAUGUAAUAUGCCGCUGAUUUCGUGAACAUGACAGCAUAGUACACAUCGCUCUCCACUGUGAAGGUUGUGGUACAGGUUUCUGUAUUCUCAUUUGCCUCUUUGCUCACUGCCUCAUUGCCCACUGCCUCCGAUGCAUUUGCCUUCUCCAGAAGAGCCUUCUUGGUCUUGCCAUCCUUUGGUUGUUUCUUUUUUGCUGCCUUCUUUUUCUCACUUUCCCCUAGCUGCGACAAGGCUUGUUCAGAUGUUAGACUCCAUAUUUUAGAGUGUUGAUUCUCUGUCUUUUGGAGGAUUGCUCUUCUUGGUUGGCAUGAUGCAUUGCAGGAAGAAAUCUUUGAUGCCAAUGCCUGAUGAGGGUGAAGGGCUUGAAGUUGCAGACUAUGCAGACGUUGAUGGCUGUGGUUGUGACAUUUCAUCAUUUGCAGGCAUUGCAACCUCAGUAUUGGUGAUGUUGAGAAUGUUGGACCCAGCAAGAGUUCCUACACUGAGGAUAAUCUGGGACAUGGAUUCUUCGCCCACAGAUGUUGCGCAUGGGCAUGGUUGUGCAGUUGGAGAUAUAGAGGUGGCACGGGGUCCCACUGGAAAGUUUAGUGCUGUUUUCCUGGCUGGGCGAGGUUGUGCAGGUGGAGACAGAGCGAUCACAUGGGGUCCCAGAGGAGUAUCGUUGCUUGUCAUAGUUUCUGCCAGAUGCUGUGGUUAUGAUUGGCCAUCUUCCAUGGUGAACGGUGUGUAGUCUUCUGUGAUAACCCUGUCUGGACAGUAAGGAUAAAUGACAGUGCUUUUAAACCCACUCUUCAGAUUCUCAUCCUUUAGACCUAUCUCCAACACCGCCUUCAGUUCGGAUGGGAAAUCCUAUUUUCGGAUCUUGUCCCUGGUCACAUGAGAGUGCCACCGCAGCUUUGUUCUCCACUGCCUCUUCACCUCCCCUUAAAACAGCUCUGUCGAGUGGCAGAAGAAUGUGGGUUAGGUGAGACGGCAGUCUCAGCAAUACCACAUUGUUCUGUUUCGCCUUUAAGGCAAAGCUGAGGGAGAUGUGGGAAACAUGUCCGUCAAAUAUUAGCAUUCGUGGAAAUGCUAAGUUAGACCACCUCUCAGAAUCCUUGAGGAAGAGGUGUGAGAAGUAGUCCUCGAAUACAACCCUCUCCAUCCAUCCAUAUUUUCAGGCUUAUCCAUGACAUCGGCUUUAACCAUCUCCUUUUCAAGGAGUGCAAACCAGCUUCUGAGAAUGGCUGGGUCGGAUGUGGCUUUUGCCCUUGCCUCUGGGAACUGUUCCGACUUCCUUAUGGUCAGUUCCGGAUGGUCCCGCAUGAAGCGUUCUAACCAUUUUCGGCCGGGUCUUUGGUCCUUGAAGGGGGUUUGAAGUUCCUUUGCUAUCACAAGCUCUUGAACGAGAUGGAGAAGAUCUGUCCGGGUAAAGCCCCAACGCCACUGGCAAAGGACCUGAAGAGAUGGAGAAGAUCCGUCCGGGUAAAGCCCCAACGCCACUGGCAAAGGACCUGAAGAGAUGGAGAAUGACAAAGCAUUAGUCCUGGACGCACGUGUAAGCGCACACACACACACACACACACACGUUUGCAUGCACACACACACACACACACACACACACUUAUUUAUGUGUGCACACACACAUUGCACACACACUUAUGCACGCACACACAAACACGUCACAGGCACAGAUUGAGAACCACUGGAUUAGGCAAAAUCACAUUUUUCAUGACCUCAUAUUGGGCUACCCACUGUUUCAUGUUAUCUUUUUCUUAGCCUAUCAGUCACUACAGUAUAACCCUACCCGAAGACACUCUGAAAUCCCUGCUCUACCGCUGGACUCAGGUAGAUCACAUGUCCCUAUUGUGCAUCAAUGCUCAGCUGCUCCUUCACUCUCUGCCUCAACGACUUCCUGUCUACUCCAUAACGUUUUGCCAGAAAUUAGAGAUUUUGCAUUGUUCCCUUCCCUGUACAGAUGGCAUGCUUCUAUCAUGCGUGGGCAUGAACUGGAGUUUUUUCGUGUUUUAGUCAUCUCAAACUAAAACUCAUCUGAAAAGUAGGCCUAAAGAUAAAACAAUUGUUGUUAAUGUUAGGAUAGAAUAUAGGCCUAUCCAGAAUGAAUUGACCUAUGUAAUAUGACUGAUAUUUAAAUAUGGGUAUUAAUUAUCUGAAUUAUGGAGCUGAUUUAUCAGGUGAGGUCAAAAUUAGGGAGGUAUAUGGUUCAAAGGUCAAAAGGAAGAAAAUCCCCAUUGAAACACAGUCAAGUGGCCUUAAUGGGAGCAGGUGGGCUUAAAGGGAACAUCAGUCAAUUUAUGGUUAAAAGACAGAAUAUGUUAUUCUACGCACAUGACAAUAAAAAAACAACUAUAUGAAAUAAAUCUAUAUACAGUGGGGGAAAAAAGUAUUUAGUCAGCCACCAAUUGUGCAAGUUCUCCCACUUAAAAAGAUGAGAGAGGCCUGUAAUUUUCAUCAUAGGUACACGUCAACUAUGACAGACAAAAUGAGGAAAAAAAUCCAGAAAAUCACAUUGUAGGAUUUUUAAUGAAUUUAUUUGCAAAUUAUGGUGGAAAAUAAGUAUUUGGUCAAUAACAAAAGUUUCUCAAUACUUUGUUAUAUACCAUUUGUUGGCAAUGACACAGGUCAUUGCUGGUAUUUUGGCCCAUUCCUCCAUGCAGAUCUCCUCUAGAGCAGUGAUGUUUUGGGGCUGUCGCUGGGCAACACGGACUUUCAACUCCCUCCAAAGAUUUUCUAUGGGGUUGAGAUCUGGAGACUGGCUAGGCCACUCCAGGACCUUGAAAUGCUUCUUACGAAGCCACUCCUUCGUUGCCCGGGCGGUGUGUUUGGGAUCAUUGUCAUGCUGAAAGACCCAGCCAUGUUUCAUCUUCAAUGCCCUUGCUGAUGGAAGGAGGUUUUCACUCAAAAUCUCACGAUACAUGGCCCCAUUCAUUCUUUCCUUUACACGGAUCAGUCGUCCUGGUCCCUUUGCAGAAAAACAGCCCCAAAGCAUGAUGUUUCCACCCCCAUGCUUCACAGUAGGUAUGGUGUUCUUUGGAUGCAACUCAGCAUUCUUUGUCCUCCAAACACGACGAGUUGAGUUUUUACCAAAAAGUUCUAUUUUGGUUUCAUCUGACCAUAUGACAUUCUCCCAAUCCUCUUCUGGAUCAUCCAAAUGCACUCUAGCAAACUUCAGAUGGGCCUGGACAUGUACUGGCUUAAGCAGGGGGACAUGGCUGGCACUGCAGGAUUUGAGUCCCUGGCGGCGUAGUGUGUUACUGAUGGUAGGCUUUGUUACUUUGGUCCCAGCUCUCUGCAGGUCAUUCACUAGGUCCCCCCGUGUGGUUCUGGGAUUUUUGCUCACCGUUCUUGUGAUCAUUUUGACCCCACGGGGUGAGAUCUUGCGUGGAGCCCCAGAUCGAGGGAGAUUAUCAGUGGUCUUGUAUGUCUUCCAUUUCCUAAUAAUUGCUCCAACAUUUGAUUUAUUCAAACCAAGCUGCUUACCUAUUGCAGAUUCAGUCUUCCCAGCCUGGUGCAGGUCUACCAUUUUGUUUCUGGUGUCCUUUGACAGCUCUUUGGUCUUGGCCAUAGUGGAGUUUGGAGUGUGACUGUUUGAGGUUGUGGACAGGUGUCUUUUAUACUGAUAAGAAGUUCAAACAGGUGCCAUUAAUACAGGUAACGAGUGGAGGACAGAGGAGCCUCUUAAAGAAGAAGUUACAGGUCUGUGAGAGCCAGAAAUCUUGCUUGUUUGUAGGUGACCAAAUACUUAUUUUCCACCAUAAUUUGCAAAUAAAUUCAUAAAAAAUCCUACAAUGUGAUUUUCUGGAUUUUUUUUCCUCAAUUUGUCUGUCAUAGUUGACGUGUACCUAUGAUGAAAAUUACAGGCCUCUCUCAUCUUUUUAAGUGGGAGAACUUGCACAAUUGGUGGCUGACUAAAUACUUUUUUCCCCCACUGUAUGGUGCACUAACAUAACAUGAAAAGUAUAAAUGUAUCAUGCAGAGAAGUAAUUGGCUAUACUCAUUUACAUCCACCCCAGACAGUGUGAUAUUUUUGCUAGCGUCCCCUUUAAGCCCACCAGGUAAAUAUUUUAAUAAAAAAAUAAAUAAAGAUAAACAUACACAUUUAUUGUCUAUUUAACAGUAUAAUAAUAUAAACUGCAUACAAAAAUGUAAACUAUACCUGCUUAUCAUGCUUUGUCAUUGCAAUGAACCAUAUGCACCUACUGUAUUGAUGCAGCAUGUGGUAUGUUUGCUAGCAUGCUAAAAGUCAUAUUUUGAUUUUUUUUUUUUAAACUGUCUUUAUAAUUCAAGUAAUAUUGUAACAUAUGUCUUAUUCAAAACACUAAUCACUUACAUUUUUAUAAGAAAUGAGUACUUACCAAAAACAGGAGUAGAAAUAUGCAAAAUAAUUAUCUUCUGAGGGUAGCAAAAUCACCUAGGUUUUUUUGCAACUUCUUCUGGGAUCAGCAGGCAUAUGUCACACAUAUGCUUUGAUAACUCAAUAUUGACAAAUCGGAUUGGUUUACAAUAAUAAGUGUCAUUUAUGUAACAAGCAGCUUCUUUGGAAGAAACAUCACAGCAAAUAAUUAUUAUGUGUUUGUUUAGUUUUUAGUGGGCUUAUAUGGUACGUGGGCUAAUAGGGACGUUUGUCUGGUCAUAGGCUCUGUCUGUCUCUCUCACUCCUCUCGCUCUCUCUCUGUCUGUCUGUCUGUCUGUCUCUCUCACUCCUCUCUCUCACUCCGCUCGCUCGCUCUCUCUCUGUCUGUCUGUCUGUCUGUCUCUCUCACUCCUCUCGCUCUCUCUGUCUGUCUGUCUGUCUCUCUCACUCCUCUCGUUCUCUCUCUGUAUGUCUGUUUCUCUCACUCCUCUCGCUCUCUCUCUGUCUGUCUGUCUGUCUCUCUCGCUCUCUCGCUGUCUGUCAAUCUGUCUCUCUCACUCCUCUCGCUCUCUCUGUCUGUCUGUCUCUCUCACUCCUCUCGCUCUCUCUCUGUCUGUCUGUCUCUGUCUCUGGCUCUCUCUGGCUCUCUUUCUUUGUCUCUCUCUCUGUCUGUCUGUCUCUCUCCCUUCUCCCGCUCCAGUAGGCAUGGGUGUGAGUGGAGGUGGCAGAGGGAGAGGGCUGAGGUGGGCAGCAGGUGGACCUGGCUACAGCUGCAUGUCGCAAAGCUUGAGGGACGCAUCCAACAGCUGGGGGACCUGCACAAACAUAUCACCUCCACCAAGGUAAGGCCCAGGUCCAUAGGCCCCUAGUGGACCCUGGCCCCUACACACACACACACAAACACACAGACACACACCCCCCUCAUUCCCCACAGAUCCCCUAGGCUCUAGACCAGGUAGAGUGAGGUUGUCAUAUACAGUUGAAGUCGGAAGUUUACAUACACUUAGGUUGGAGUCAUUAAAACUCCUUUUUCAACCACUCCACAAAUGUCUUGUUAACAAACUAUAGUUUUGCAAGUUGGUUAUGACAUCUACUUUGUGCAUGACACAAGUAAUUAUUCCAACAAUUGUUUACAGACAGAUUAUUUCCCUUAUAAUUCACUGUAUGACAAUUCCAGUGGGUCAGAAGUUUACAUACACUAAGUUGACUGUGCCUUUAAACAGCUUGGAAAAUUCCAGAAAAUGAUAUCAUGGCUUUAGAAGCUUCUGAUAGGCUAAUUGGCAUCAUUUCAGUCAAUUGGAGGUGUACCUGUGGAUGUAUUUCAAGGCCUACCUUCAAACGCAGUGCCUCUUUGCUUGACAUCAUGGGAAAAUCAAAAGAAAUCAGCCAAGACCUCAGAAGAAAAUUGUAGACCUCCACAAGUCUGGUUCAUCCUUGGGAGCAAUUUCCAAACGCCUGAAGGUACCACGUUCAUCUGUACAAACAAUAGUACACAAGUAUAAACACCAUGGGACCACGCAGCCAUCAUACCGCUCAGGAAGGAGCGUUCUGUCUCCUAGAGAUGAACGCACUUUGGUGCGAAAAAAGUGCAAAUCAAUCCCAGAACAACAGCAAAGGACCUUGUGAAGAUGCUGGAGGAAACAGGUACAAAAGUAUCUAUAUCCACAGUAAAACGAGUCCUAUAUCGACAUAACCUGAAAGACCGCUCAGCAAGGAAGAAGCCACUGCUCCAAAACCACCAUAAAAAAAGCCAGACUACGGUUUGCAACUGCACAUGGGGACAAACAUUGUACUUUUUGGAGAAAUGUCCUCUGGUCUGAUGAAACAAAAAUAGAACUGUUUGGCCAUAAUGACCGUUGUUAUGUUUGGAGAAAAAAGGGGGUAGCUUGCAAGCCGAAGAACACCAUCCCAACCGUGAAGCACGGGGGUGGCAGCAUCAUGUUGUGGGGGUGCUUUGCUGCAGGAGGGACUGGUGCACUUCACAAAAUAGAUGGCAUCAUGAGGAAGGAAAUUUGUGUGGAUAUAUUGAAGCAACAUCUCAAGACAUCAGUCAGGAAGUUAAAGCUUGGUCGCAAAUGGGUCUUCCAAAUGGACAGACCCCAAGCAUACUUCCAAAGUUGUAGCAAAAUGGCUUAAGGACAACAAAGUCAAGGUAUUGGAGUGGCCAUCACAAAGCCCUGACCUCAAUCCUAUAGAACAUUUUUGGGCAGAACUGAAAAAGCGUGUGCGAGCAAGGAGGCCUACAAACCUGACUCAGUUACACCAUCUCUGUCAGGAGGAAUGGGCCAAAAUUCACCCAAUUUAUUGUGGGAAGCUUGUGGAAGGCUACCCGAAACGUUUGACCCAAGUUAAACAAUUUAAAGGCAAUGCUACCAAAUACUAAUUGAGUGUAUAUAAACUUCUGACCCACUGGGAAUGUGAUGAAAGAAAGAAAUUUCACAUUCUUAGAAUAAAGUGGUGAUCCUAACUGACCUAAGACAGGGAAUUUUUACUAGGAUUAAACGUCAGGAAUUGGGAAAAACUGAGUUUAAAUGUGUUUGGCUAAGGUGUAUGUAAACUUCCGACUUCAACUCUACCUGUCUGUCACUUGACUGUGUUUUAUAUCUUCUGUACAAAGCCUUCUGAGGUUCAUUAAAAUUGUGUGUUUUAGAUAAGGAUGUGCAUGAUUCCUCCUCUAGUCAGCCUCUGCCCUUGUGGAAUUAGAUACGCCUUUGUGUGUAUGUGUGGUGUGUGUGCGUGUGUAUGUCUGUAUUGUGUGUGUGUGUCACAUCACAGUAUGGACCUCUUCUUGUAAAGUGCCUGUGGUGUUUUUAAUCUCUCAUUAAUUUUCCCAAAUCUAAUUCACUCAUUGUCACUCAGAUAUCAUCAGUAGUCAUGACAGCCGCUUCCUCCUGCUGUCUCCAGACAGCUCUAAACACCAUGACCUUCCUCACGACCUUUCCUAUGAACAUGUGUGAAUCAGUGGUGGCUGGUGGCACUUCAUGGGGUCAUAGUAAUGGCUGGAAUGGUUUCAAACACAUGGUUUGCAUAAGCCAUAUGAGCCGUCCUCCCAUCACCAGCCUCCUUUGGUGUGUGAAUAUGCCCUUGUUGUGGAGUUGAUAGUAGUGUGUGUGUGUGUGUGUUCGUGCGUGUGUGUGGUCCCAGGGGGGGGUGGUCUUGGCGGAUUCCCAGCCGAUGACAGACGGGCAGAUUCAGCAGACGUUACUAACGGAGACAGCAGGGCUGUCAUUCACGUCAAGGGGCAGCGCUAGAGACCCUCCCUCUGACAUGGAGAACGAACCCAGCAGCCCCACACGCCUUCUCAGGAACAUACAGAGACAGGUAUAUUUUUAAAAUGUUAUUUAACCUUUACUUCGACAGUAACAUCUAAUGAUUUAGCAUUAGUUAUGUCACAAAGAUCAGAGGGCUUUUUACCCAGCAAAUAAUCAAACCAAUAAUUGUUAUUCGUCAAAAGGGCCAAAAGUAGCCAUUACUGCUGUUUCCUGGGUUAGUGGUUAAUCACACACAACAAUCUGUGAGAGUCCUGCUGCUGUUGAUAGGACAGCUCCACUCCCAGUACAUCUCUGGUUGUUAUGUAGGGGGAAGUCUGGUUGUAAUGUAGGGGGAAGUCUGGUUGUUAUGUAGGGGGAAGUCUGGUUGUUAUGUAGGGGGAAGUCUGGUUGUUAUGUAGGGGGAAGUCUGGUUGUAAUGUAGGGGGAAGUCUGGUUGUUAUGUAGGGGGAAGUCUGGUUGUUAUGUAGGGGGAAGUCUGGUUGUAGCACUGCUGAGGGGUUGUGACAGGUCAUUCUCCAACCAGAAAGCCUCACAUCACAUUAGAUUACAGGUCUGCGGAGUCAGGACUUGUAUACCAUACUGCUUAGUAGGUGGGACUGGGGGGGCUAUGUAGACAUAUAGGCCUAUAUGUUUCAGUUCAGUAGAUACUGUAUAUAGAGGAUGAUCUGUUGUUGUCCUUGUCCCCACAGAGUGUCCAGCUGAGCCAGAUUGUCAACAGCCUGAUGCCUCCUCUGAACCUCUCUCCUUCCUCCUCUCUCAUCUCAUGCCGGUGGAAAGGACAGAACAAGAGAGCCUUCAGCAGGUAGACCCAAUAAGCCCCAUCAGCCCACAUUGUCCUCUCCUGUGCAGUUUAGUUUAGUUUAUUAGGAUCCCCAUUAGUUAUUGCUCAUGCAGCAGCUACUCUUCCUGGGUUCCAGCACCUAUGGUAGAUGCGUAGCCAAGCCAGCCCAGUACAGUACGGCACGGUUUGGCCCAGUAGUGUGAAAAGGGUAAUGGUGACCUUGACCCACGAUGAUGUCAAAACAGAAACAGUACCAGUCAAAAGUUUGGAUACACCUACUCAUUCCAGGGUUUUUCUUUAUUUUUACUAUUUUCUACAUUGUAGAAUAAUAGUGAAGACAUCAAAACUAUGAAAUAACACAUAUGGAAUCAUGUACUAACCAAAAAAGUGUUCAACAAAUCAAAAUAUAUUUGAUAUUUGAGAUUCUUCAAAGUAGCCACCAUUUGCCUUGAUGACAGCUUUGCACACCAUUUUUUGUAAUUAAUUGGCUGUACUUAGCUAAUGACAAUCUUUCUACUGUAAUAAUUAUAAAAACUGCUCCCAGUUCCACUGUUGCUUAACACGUCAGAGGAGCCAAGAAAAUACAAAUUAGGCAUAAGCUGUCAAUCAAAAGCCAGAACAAAUGGUAUUAUAUAAAGAAUAGAAAGACUUUGUGGAAUUUCAGUCACUGUCAAACUAGAUCCUGUAGGCAGGCCUGUUUUAUUUGUAUUUAAAAUGGAAGUGAUGGGACAUUCAUUGACAUUAUGGUUCCUAGACAGCGCUGUUUUUAGGCACAACCACUCCCUCGAACAGGCUGGGGUAGUGGGGUUCUUUGGGUGGUAUUAACUACCCCCAAGAAGGCUGUACUGUAGGACUUCACAGAGCUGCUGUUUUGUAUUUCUGUCACAGGCAGCACAGCAGAGUAUGUUUGUUUAGUAUUUAUCCAAGCCAUUUAAAGCCUGUUCCAGAGGACAGGGAGGUGUGGUCGAGGAGGGCCAGGGAGGUUACUGUGAUCUGGCAGGAUAAUGAACAAAAUCAGUUCACUUCCUGUAACCAAGGGAAACAUAUCCCACCAGAGCUGGAAAUGACAGGCCCCUAGUGAGUGUUGGACCAGCAAUGUUCUAAAGCCAGUAUCUGCUAGUCUAGGCUCAGUCCCAAAUGGCACCCUAUUCCCUAAAUACAGUGGUGCACUACUUUUGACCAGGGCCCAUAGGGUAGGAAAUAUAUAGGGAAUAGGAUGCCAUUUGUGCCGAAGCCCUACUCUACAGCCCAGAGAGGACCACAGAUCUCCUAUCCAUCACUAGUGAUAUUAAACAUGCUCUAGCUAUCCUUAAAACAACCCAUGGAAAAGUUUCAUCAUGUCCGGCUGUGAUUUGGAUCAAAGUCAUUAAGCUCAAGUUCUAACUUCCUCUUGCCUCCUUUUUACUCUCAAUAAUAAAGUCUUCACCUCCCUUGUUCUGAACUGACUCCCACGCUGCCAUGGAUGUCAUGGAAUACGGAUUAUAUCUGACUGGGACCGCUGGGUUGGAUUGUUUGUGUUUUGAAUCGUUGUGAGUCGUUUUAAGGGCGUCUGUACACUGAAUGUUCAAUGUAAAAUCUGGGCAGCUCUCUACCUAUAGGACUGUUGCAUUUGUGUGUUGAGUGAAUGAAGUGGUGUGUGUUUAGUGACUUAGGUUGCGUUUCAAAUGGCACCAUAUUCCCUGUAGUGCACUACUUUUCACCAGAGCACUAUGGGUGCCAUUUGGGUCAUAUACUAAGUGUCUCUUCUGUUGUCCCCUGCAGUGGCCUGGCCCUGGGAGGAUGUGACCCUUUCUCCCAGAAGGGACUCAAGAGGAGGAGAGUGAACCGCAGGAGACAACACCUCCUCCAAAUGGACGCCACCUGUGUCUCAGCCCGCACCCGACCCCUGGUGACCUAUCACAAACCACAACUCUUCAUCAACACCAGCCACAGACAGCAGGUAGCCACCCUCAACACCAUGCGCGCACACACACACACACACACACACACACACACACACACACACACACACACACACACACACACACACACACACACCUGCUGCCAAUAAUGAAAUGUUAGAUGACUGAAGUAUACUAAAUUAAAGAAGGAUAAAAGAGUAAAUCAAGGUGGCUUUCUUUUUUAUGCAGAGGGACUCAUCUUGACAUUUGAGAAUGACAUAUAGAAUCUCUUGCAUAUUAGUGUUUUUGUCAAAGUGCAAAUAUAAUCAAGUGCUGAUAUUAACUCUUUGUGAACGAAGGUUUACUAAUCUGUGAACUGCUGUCUUAUUUAAAGUGGAGUAUUAAUUGUAGCUGUAGUCUUUGGAAAGGGACCCUGUGCUGUGUGUCAUGAUGUCCGCUGUGUCCCUGGCUGCUCCUCCAGGUCACAGUGACUCACACAGCAACUGCAUAGUAAGGCUACAUGUUAGCAGAGCUGAGAAACCAGCUGAGGUGGGGUUAAGUCACAACUCUAUGUUUAAACAUGUACACACAUUCACCUGGGUCCUUCCUUUGCUAAUGGGUUUAUGAGGUAGUCUUUGGUAACUGUCUCUGACAGUAGCCUAUUGCUAUCUUCAAGAGCCAAAGGUGGUUUGAGUUAAUAAAAAUGUCCUGCAUUAAAUCAGUGGUAUCCACACCUGGUCCUGGGCGUGUAGAGAGUAAGUUAUUCUAGUACCUGUAAAUGUCUAGGCUUUAUUCCCUCCUCCUUUCUCUCUCCUGUAGGACCUAGCCUCCCUCUCCUCCUCCUCCUCCUCCUUCUGUCUCACCUGUGCCUCCUGUGAUCCCCUGGCACUGUGUUCUGACCCAGCCUGCUCCUCCAGCAGCGCCCUGACCUCCAGGACCAGUCACACUGUGCCACACCCUGCUCUCUCUCUCACCUCAGGUAGGCACAUCUCUCACUGUGCUGGACAGACAUGAUGAUACUGUAUGUGUUCUUGUGUUAGGCUAACUGUACUGUGCCACACCCUGUUCUCUCAAACCUCAGGUAGGCACCUCUCUCCUAAAACCCCACAUCUAUAGAAAUAUGUCUGCUUGGGUUAACUGAUGCCAGUGAUUACUGUUGUGUUGUAAUUACUGUGUUGUUCAUCAUAUUGAGCUGUAUGCUUCAACUCUUUUGUCUGGAAAUAGCUAUAAUAUUCUGUUGAUGGUAGGUAGCUGAGGGUGGAAGGUACGAUACAAAACAUUACUAUAUUGUUCAUUUACAUUGACCAAGAUAGGUGUGAAAAAUAGAAUACAGUACAGUGUAUUCUGAGAAACAUUCUGUUACCCUGCCCUCAUCUAGACAAGCCCUGUAAACAACUUUCCCAGGUCUGUGUUUUCCUGUAACUAUUCAUUGUACUGAGGAGAUGACAUCCCACGCACCCUGACUCUCAGAGCAGCUCUCUCCCUGUUGCCUGAGGAAUGUAGACUGUAGGGUUAUUAAGACCUGACAGGACUGUCAACUCAACAAUGCAGCUGUCAGCUGAGCUCCACACAACUGUACUGUACUGUGAGGGAGUUAUUACUAGGAACUGACUAGGAGAAGGUGUAUUGGCUCUAGUAUGUAGUGAGGUAAAUGGAGAGAUUGUCAUGCUCAUUGUUAGAUCCAUAUUCUUCUAGAAUAUUCUAGUCUAUAUUCUUCUUCUCUAACCUAAUCUAGACCUGAUCAGACCAAACUAAAGCUGGGCAGAGUGAAUAGCAUCUAACCUGCUGGCUGACUGUGUCUCCUCUCCCUAUCUAGUGUAAAGACUCCUACUGAUCUGCUAGUUGAGAUGAUUUGGCAGUAAUUCUCUUUGGCAUCUCACUGGGGGACAUUCACAGCAGCAUGCUCUGAGUCAGCCAGUCUAAUAAUGAAUCUCCUGUUGCUGCUCCUCGCUGCUUGCUCUGUUGGCUGUUGCCUGCACAGAGGUUAAUGAUCCUAAACAAUCCCAAUGAUUCUCGCUGGGCUGAAGGGAGGGGUUCUGAGGCAGUGGGCCGUGGCUGGAGUGAUGGGCUGGCUAGAGGGGCUGAGGAGAGAGGUUGAGGGGCUGGGGCACUGGGCUGUGGCUGAUGAGGAGAGCGCUGCGUCAGUCUUAGAGAUGUAACUCACAAUGCUCCACUCGAUUUCCUGUCAGCCUGAAUCACACCCCACGGACAAAGAUUGAGCUAAAAACAAACAGCACAAACACCAUAAGGAAUAUUCUACUGACAAUUAUUAUGUGGAAGAUCACCAUUUCUCUUUUUCUCUUUCUGCCUCUCUUUCUCUUUCUCUCCCUCUCUUUCUCUCUCCUUCUCUUCUUCUCUUGAGAAGAGAAGGGAGGAGAUGUGUGAGAGGGAGUGGAGGGGGAGAUGUUUUGAGCGGGAGAGAUGAGAGAGCUGCAGGUAUUGUCCUGCUAAUCUGGCCCUGACAAGCAGGAAGCACAGUGGUGGCAGUUUGAGGUGAGACUCAUGAUUCAGCACCACUAGUCAUGUUCAGCCCUGCAACCUUACAGCUCACACUGCAGAUUACCAUAGCAUCUGUGUCAUUAUCAACCCCCCCCCAACCCAAACCACAACAUAUCUGUUCUCCUAACAAUGAAACAGGCCCAUGACAAAUAUGUUGAUUGUCUGUAGAGCUGGGGAGGAAGCAUUAAGAAGGAAUAUGUCUAACCUAUUGGGACUGAUAGUUAAACAUUAUGCUGGCUUGUUAUUAUAGGCAAGUCUCUAACCAAGCCUUGUAAUCCCAUGGGGGGUUUGGCGGAUGGUUUCAGACGAGGGGAAGCCCUCGCUGUUGAGUUAAAGUGGAACUGACAGCAUUUUAACUACUUUGCAGAUAUGAAACAGACAAUCAUAAUAUCAGUCAAAAAUAUAACAUUCCCAGUUUAUGCUACAAAACCAACUUUAUAAGAGGUUUUAAAAAUAGGUUAUAUUUGACUCAACAUUCCAUGAUCUACACUAAGGCAUUGUUGGCAGAAUAGAUGGAUGCAGUUCACUGCAUGAUUAAUAUAAUUCACCAAUACAUUUCUUGGUAGUCCAAAAAAUAUUGCUAUUAGGUUGUGAAUCACAGCUCGCCUGGUACAUUGUUUGCUGCCUCCAUUCGCGAUGCACUGUUUCAGUUUCAACGACUCAAUAUUUUGGACAAAAAAGGACGAAUGUAACUAAGGCUGGGAAUGUCAAUACAAUCAAACUAGUAAGGGCAAUGACCACAAGUCAGUCAUAACGUGGCUAAUAGGCUAGUGUAUCUAUUUAUGUAGCAAGCUAAAAACACGGAGCCUAACGCUAGCUAGAUCGCUAGCUGCAAGGAGGAUGUCAUGUAAUGUAAUUGGAGGAGUGAGUGAGUGACUGACUUUUUCCCCUCAUAUCGUUUUCCGGUGGCUAUACACAGCUAGAGAUGCAGGUGUCAUUUGGUUAGCUAGCAAGAACGUGAACAACUGUUAUCCAGUUAGCAUAUCUCUUGCAUUCGCAAAUUCACUCUCGCUAUCUACUCUGAUUUUAGAGCACUCUCGUCUGAGUGUGCCAGAGCGCAGAAUAACUGAUGAAUUUACUAACGUGCAACACCCGCUGAAUAUGACCGGUGUCAGUAAACGUAGGCAAAAAAAGUUAUAGUUUGUCACGAACGCUCUAGAUAACAUGUAAAGUAUGAAAAAAUGUAUGCACUCACUAACUGUAAGUCGCUCUGGAUAAAAGCGUCUGCUAAAUGACUAAAAUGUAAAUGUAAAUGUAAACAGCCUAACCAGCUCUGCUAAUAAAAUGGUCUGAGUGAGGUGUUCUCUCAUUUGUGUCUGGAAGUAGCUAGCUAGCAAGCUAGCCAACUUUAGCCAGUUAGCUUGGGUGCUUGGUUGGGACAAGAAUUAAUGCAUUUGCAGGCAAGCUGCAGAAGCACUAGUAGGCUACAAUCCCCCAUCAUUUAUCAGUGCAAUUUUGACAGGCAACUAAACUCAACUGUGUUUAUUUUCAGCAAACUUAACAUGUGUAAAUAUUUGUAUGAGCAUUACAAGAUUCAACAACUGAGACAUAAACUGAACAAGUUCCACAGACAUGUGACUAACAGAAAUUGAAUAAUGUGUCCCUGUAUAAGGGGGGGGGGGGGGGGUCAAAAUCAAAAGUAGUCAGUAUCUGGUGUGGCCACCAGCUGCAUUAAGUACUGCAGUGCAUCUCCUCCUCAUGGACUGCACCAGAUUUGCCAGUUCUUGCUGUGAGAUGUUACCCCACUCUUCCACCAAGGCACCUGCAAGUUCCCGGACAUUUCUGGGGGGAAUGGCCCUAGCCCUCAACCUCCGAUCCAACAGGUCCCAGACGUGCUCAAUGGGAUUGAGAUCCCAUUGGCACAACACUGACAUUCCUGUCUUGCAUGAAAUCACGCACAGAACGAGCAGUAUGUCUGGUGGCAUUGUCAUGCUGGAGGGUCAUGUCAGGAUUAGCCUGCAGGAAGGGUACCACAUGAGGGAGGAGGAUGUCUUCCCUGUAACACACAGCGUUGAGAUUGCCUGCAAUGACAACAAGCUCAGUCCGAUGAUGCUGUGACACACCGCCCCAGACCAUGACGGACCCUCCACCUCCAAAUCGAUCCCGCUCCAGAGUACAGGCCUCGGUGUAACACUCAUUCCUUCGACAAUAAAGCAAAUCCGACCAUCACCCCGGUGAGACAAAACUGCGACUCGUCAGUGAAGAGCACUUUUUGCCAGUCCUGUCUGGUCGAGCGACGGUGGACUUGUGCCCAUAGGCAACAUUGUUGCCAGUGAUGUCUGGUGAGGACCUACCUUACAACAGGGCUACAAGCCCUCAGUCCAGCCUCUCUCAGCCUAUUGCGGACAGUCUGAGCACUGAUGGAGGGAUUGUGCGUUCCUGGUGUAACUCGGGCAGUUGUUGUUGCCAUCCUGUACCUGUCCCUCAGGUGUGAUGUUCGGAUGUACCGAUCCUGUGCAGGUGUUGUUACACGUGGUCUGCCACUGCGAGGACGAUCAGCUGUCCAUCCUGUCUCCCUGUAGCGCUGUCUUAGGUGUCUCACAGUACGGACAUUGCAAUUUAUUGCCCUGGCCACAUCUGCAGUCCUCAUGCCUCCUUGCAGCAUGCCUAAGGCACAUUCACACAGAUGAGCAGGGACCCUGGGCAUCUUUCUUUUGGUGUUUUUCAGAGUCAGUAGAAAGGCCUCUUUAGUGUCCUAUGUUUUCAUAACUGUGACCUUAAUUGCCUACCGUCUGUAAGCUGUUAGUGUCUUAACGACCGUUCCACAGGUGCAUGUUCAUUAAUUGUUUAUGGUUCAUUGAACAGUGUUUAAACCCUUUACAAUGAAGAUCUGUGAAGUUAUUUGGAUUUUUACGAAUUAUCUUUGAAAGACAGGGUCCUGAAAAAGGGACGUUUCUUUUUUUGCUGAGUUUAUUUGAAAAUGUUGGAGGAUUUAUCUAAUGUUCCUUCGUUAGAUUUUACCUCAUCUUGGUCUGGCUAGCAUUAGUUGUUGAUCUUGUUGUUGUUGAUGUACAUAACUGAUGGAGAGAGAGCCUACCUUUUCAUGGUUGUUUGAUCAAUAGGACUGUUAAGUUCCCAAAUGUAAGAGGAUUCCUGCGGUGUUUACAUAUUUGCAGAAAUCCAUUCAGUUGUAUUUUGUGGCUUUUGGCAAAUGCGUUCAAAUAAUCUAAGGUCGCACAGUUGGUACUGCCUGUAAACACACAGUCCAGUUCAAAGUGAUUGAUGGCAGGCCCAUGUGGCAAAUGGCUUGUUUGCAUAAAGGCCUACUGUAGCUCUUAUUGGCUAUGGCGCACCGGUCUGCGUAGACUCCUGUCUUUGGACGAGACAGAUGUUUUUGUUAGGUUUUAUUUACUGCAGUGUCUAUUAAUUGUCCAAACCCACGGCUGCUUUCCCACUGUAUAGUGGGGAAAACAUGUAUUUAGUCAGCCACCAAUUGUGCAAGUUCUCCCACUUAAAAAGAUGAGAGAGGCCUGUAAUUUUCAUCAUAGGUACACGUCAACUAUGACAGACAAAAUGAGGAAAAAAUUGUCAGAUGAAACCAAAAUAUAACUUUUUGGUAAAAACUCAACUCGUCGUGUUUGGAGGACAAAGAAUGCUGAGUUGCAUCCAAAGAACACCAUACCUACUGUGAAGCAUGGGGGUGGAAACAUCAUGCUUUGGGGCUGUUUUUCUGCAAAGGGACCAGGACAACUGAUCCGUGUAAAGGAAAGAAUGAAUGGGGUCAUGUAUCGUGAGAUUUUGAGUGAAAACCUCCUUCCAUCAGCAAGGGCAUUGAAGAUGAAACGUGGCUGGGUCUUUCAACAUGACAAUGAUCCCAAACACACCGCCCGGGCAACGAAGGAGUGGCUUCGUAAGAAGCAUUUCAAGGUCCUGGAGGGGCCUAGCCAGUCUCCAGAUCUCAACCCCAUAGAAAAUCUUUGGAGGGAGUUGAAAGUCCGUGUUGCCCAGCGACAGCCCCAAAACAUCACUGCUCUAGAGGAGAUCUGCAUGGAGGAAUGGGCCAAAAUACCAGCAACAGUGUGUGAAAACCUUGUGAAGACUUACAGAAAACGUUUGACCUGUGUCAUUGCCAACAAAGGGUAUAUAACAAAGUAUUGAGAAACUUUUGUUAUUGACCAAAUACUUAUUUUCCACCAUAAUUUGCAAAUAAAUUCAUUAAAAAUCCUACAAUGGGAUUUUCUGGACAUUUUUUUUCUCAUUUUGUCUGUCAUAGUUGACGUGUACCUAUGAUGAAAAUUACAGGCCUCUCUCAUCUUUUUAAGUGGGAGAAUUGCACAAUUGGUGGCUGACUAAAUACUUUUUUCCCCCACUAUAUAUUGCUGUAGAAUUUUCACAAAUGCCUUACUACAUAAAUCCCAAACAUUAUAUGAAUUUAUGAAAAUGUCCAUAUCUAAGUGCUCGCUUAAUUUAAUGUUGCUAAAAUGCUGUCAGUUCCACUUUAACAUGGGUGCUGUGUGUUUCCAGGUUGCCGCCACAGCCACAAGCAGCAUGGGAGGCACCUGAGGGGAGGGGCCAGGGGCAUGUCAACUAUCAGGUGGGUGGGCUCUUCUCAGACCCCACACAGGAGAGCCUAUCGCGGGGGGAGGAAGAGGAAACAUACCCACAGGACCAUGGAAGGUAUGUAUGAUCCCUGGGAUGGGAUUUUUCCUCAGUAAUCAGGAAUUCCUGCUUUUCUGACAUUUAUCCUACAUGAAUUUAAAUUAGAAACAGACUUAACCCCUAGCCAAAUCCUGAUUUCCUAUGUUGUCCUAAACAUAUCCAACUAGUUAUUACAUACAUGUAGCCUGCGAGUGUAGUUAUGUAGUCAUUACAUGUAUGCUAUGUAGCUUGUUACAGAGCGACGCAUGGCGUUAACAGUUAGGUGUUGUUGGUCUCUAGAUGAGGAGGACCUCCUGUCUCAGCUGUCAGACCCUGAGGACAGUCCAGAGGAUAGCCUGGAGGAUGCCGUUACACCCCAGACCUCACACACACGCAAACGGGUACCCCCCCAUAACCCCCCCCCCACCACACACACACACACACACACACACACACACACACACACACACACACACACACACACACACACACACACACACAGGUAGUUAAUCAACCAAGCUACUAUAGCUUCAUAGUCUGCACAUCUGUGCAUUAUAGCUCCAAUACUGCCUGGCUACCUGGACUAAUAGCUUGAGAAUUGCCUUGUAAUGCAUACUGACGUCUAGUGGAGAAGUUUAUAACAAACGGUGUGCAUUACAGGCAUAUAGCCCACUUGUUAAUUAGUGAGCUAUGCUACAGUAUUUUUUUAUACUUUGCUGUUCUCAGGGCCCAAUCCGCAGACGUCAGGGAGAGAGUGUUUACAACAUUGACAACAUCGUCAUCCCUAUGUCCCUGGCUGCCACUACCAAGGUGGAGAGACUUCAGUACAGAGAUAUUAUAACGCCCAGGUAUGGCUUCUGGUGCUUGUUCUUUGGCUUGAGUUACUUAUGGCUGCAGUUACUUCUCAACAAAAGCUAAAGCCACCAUUUUUUGCUUAACUGUAUUUUGAGUUUGAUCAAACUUCCCAAGAAAAUAGUCUGUUCUUUGAUGUCCUAUGAUGUGUGUUACACUACAUGGCCAAAAGUAUGUGGACACACUGUCAAAUUUGUCGGUUCAACUAUUUCAGUCACACUAGUUGCUGUGACAGGUGUAUAACAUCGAACACACAGCCAUGCAAUCUCCAUAGACAAACAUUGGCAGUAGAAUGGCCCGUACUGAAGAGCUCAGAAUUUCAACGUGGCACCAUCAUAGGAUGCCACCUUUCCAACAAGUCAGUUGGUCAAAUUUCUGCCCUGCUAGAGCUGCCCCGGUCAACUGUAAGGGCUGUUAUUGUGAAAUGGAAAUGUCUAGGAGCAACAACGGCUCAGCCGCGAAGUGGUAGGCCACACAAGCUCACAGAACGGGACCACCGAGUGCUGAAGUGCGUAGCGCGUAAAAAUGGUCUGUACUCGGUUGCAACACUCAGUACCAAGUUCCAAACUGCCCCUGGAAGCAACAUCAGCACAAGAACUGUUCGUCGGGAGCUUCAUAAAAUGGGUUUCCAUGGCCGAGCAGCCUAAGAUCAUCAUGCGCAAAGCCAAGCGUCGGCUGGAGUGGUAUAAAGCUCGCCGCCAUUGGACUCUGGAGCAGUGGAAACGCUCCAGAGUGAUGAAUCACACUUCACCAUCUGGCAGUCCGACUGACAAAUUUAGGUUUGGCGGAUGCCAGGAGAACGCUACCUGCCCGAAAGCAUAGUGCCAACUGUAAAGUUUGAUCUGGGUCUGUUUUUCAUGGUUCGGGCUAGGCCCCUUAGUUCUAGUGAAGGGAAAUUUUAACGCUACAGCAUACAAUGACAUUCUAGACGAUUCUGGGCUUUCAACUUUGUGGCAACAGUUUGGGGAAGGCCCUUUCCUGUUUCAGCAUGAAAAUGCCCCCGUGCACAAAGCGAGGUCCGUACAGAAAUGGUUUGUCGAGAUUGAUGUGGAAGAACUUGACUGGCCUGCACAGAGCCCUGACCUCAACCCCAUCAAACACCUUUGGGAUGAAUAGGAUCACCGACUGCGAGCCAGGCCUAAUCGUCCAACAUCAGUGCCCGACCUCACUAAUGUUCUUGUGGCUAAAUGGAAGCAAGUCCCCGCAGCAAUGUUCCAACAUCUAGUGGAAAGCCUUCUCAGAACUCUAUAUUAAUGCCCAUGAUUUUGGAAUGAGAUGUUCGACGAGCAGUGUCCACAUACUUUUGACCAUGUAGUGUAUUCCGUCACCUUACACAUUGCUCUGCUCCUUCCCUGCAGCUGGAGAGUGAUUGAUAACCCACCCCUGGAGGAGGGGGAGGAGGAGGAGGAGGAGGAGGAAGAGGAGCUGCUCUGUGACGAGACAUUUUCUCAGAGGCACCUGGGGUGUGAGCAGAGAGAGAAACUCCGCUGGACCUCCUGGGACAAGACCAGACACUACAGACGCACCACCAGGUGGGCACUGGGCACACCACACAUCACCUUGCUGUUGCUGAUUGAUCCUGCAGUAAAGCUUCUUACCUCACUGGAUCUCAAUUCAAUAUACAGUGUCUGUUUUUUUCCUUCGAGAAUGAAGUGUGGCAUUCUCUUGUACCGAUGCAGUAGUUUUUAUUUAAAAUCACCUGUCUCUGUAGGUCUGGCAGUAGGAACGAUGGAGCAGGUGGUUCUGUAUGGGACUGUGCUGUCAGGGGUGACACCAGGGGUGGCACCAGAGGUGACAUCAGAGGUGACAUGAGCACUCACGUGGACUGGAGCUGCAGUCAUCUGGACACGGACGCAGAUGGAGCCUUAGAGGAGUGGGUGGUAAGAAAGGACAUUCAUUGUCUAGUCUCUACCAACCUAAAGUCUGGAUCCCGGUUCAGCUCUUUGUUACAUUCUGAGUAUGACGUCUUGGUACUACCAUCUAUUAACCCUGCCGCUAACUGAGGAACAUUCUAGUCAAUAAGCUAUUAAGUUGAAUGCAGAUGAGUUGCUAGCAGAAACAAUGCUAGUUUAUGUUAUACACAAGUCUUCUAAUGAUCAAGCUGAAAUAGUUAGACAUUUUACUUCAGAAUAUGACUCACUGAGACUGAAAAACAGUUUCUGAUUGGGUGAGAUGAAUAUUGGGCAUUAAAUCUAAGAUAUUUACACUGGCUAUCAUAAGGUGAAUGCACCAAUUUGUAAGUCGCUCUUGUCACGCCCUGGCUCUGGGACUCUGUUAUGUUGAGCCAGGGUGUGUAGUUUCUAUGGGUUUGUUUUCUAGGUUCAUUAUCUAGCUCAUGUGUUUCUGUGUUGGCCGGGGUGGUUCUCAAUCAGAGGCAACGAGUAUCAGCUGUUGCUUGUUGUCUCUGAUUGGGAACCAUACUUAGGCAGCCUGUUUUCCCACAGUGUAUUGUGGGAUCUUGUUCCGUGUAUGGUUUGUGUCUGUUACCAAGGACUUCACGUAUCGUUUUGUUGUUUUGUUCGUGUGGUGAUUUAAUAAAAUAAGUAUGUUCGCAUAUCACGCUGCGCAUUGGUCCACUUCCUCCAACGAUCGUGACAGAAGAUCCCACCAAAACAGGACCAAGCAGCGUGUCCAGGAGCAAGCGCCGGGUAAGGAGCUGGAGAGGUUGGCGAUGGCCCAGGUGGGCCAAUGGUGGUCCUGGGAGGACAUGCUCGCGGGAAAAGGGCCAUGGGCUAAAGUUAAGGCCCUGGCGAGAGAGGAGGUACGGCGCCAACAGUGCCGUCGUCAGACAGGCGAGAGGCAACCCCAAGACAUUUUUAGGGGGGGGCACACGGCAUGGAUGACGGGGCAGCAGGAGGCAGCUACAGGGCGUAUCGGGAGAAUAGGAGAGGAGGCCACCAGGUUAAGGGGGCUAUUGGUCCAGAGGGAGCAGGAGUUAGUGGGUCAGAGGGAGGAGCUACUGGAGGCGAUAAGGGAGAAGGAGAGAGUAGAGGCACGGCGAGAGGAACUGUGUAGGCAGCUGAGGGAGCGGAGGGUUAUGAAGAAACCCAGUCCCGCUCCUCACACAAAGCAAGUGGUGUGUGUCACCAGUCCGGUCCGGCCCGUUCCUGCUCCCUGCACUAAGUUAGUGGUGCGUGUUCCCAGUCCGGCCCGACCCGUUCCUGCUCCCCGCACUAAGUUAGUGGUGCGUGUUCCCAGUCCGGCCCGACCCGUUCCUGCUCCCCGCACUAAGUUAGUGGUGCGUGUUCCCAGUACGGCCCGACCCGUUCCUGCUCCCCGCACUAAGCCUGUGGUGCGCGUCGUCAGUCCGGUCUGGCCCUUUCCUGCUCCCCGCACCAAGCCUGUGGUGCGCGUCGUCAGCCCGGUCCGGCCCGUUCCUGCUCCCCGCACCAAGCCUGUGGUGCGCGUCGUCAGCCCGGUCCGGCCCGUUCCUGCUCCCCGCACCAAGCCUGUGGUGCGCGUCGUCAGUCCGGUCUGGCCCGUUCCUGCUCCCCGCACCAAGCCUGUGGUGCGCGUCGUCAGUCCGGUCCGGCCCUUUCCUGCUCCCCGCACCAAGCCUGUGGUGCGCGUCGUCAGUCCGGCACAGCCCGUGCCUGGGUCACCGGUGCCUGGUCAGGUACCGGUCAGCUGCUCCACACCGGAGCCUAAGCAAUCCGCUCCACCGAUGUCCAGUCCAGCUCCAGCCAGCGGGGCCAGACCGGACCAGGGGCGCUACGGGGGGAUUGUUGGAGGGUGGUGGUCAAGCCCGGAGCCGGAACCGCCUCCGAGGAGGAAUGCCCACCCGGCCCUCCCCUGUUCGGUUUAUGUUUGGCGCGGUCGCAGUCCGCGCCUUUGGGGGGGGGGGGGGUACUGUCACGCCCUGGCUCUGGGACUCUGUUAUGUUGAGCCAGAGUGUGUAGUUUCUAUGGGUUUGUUUUCUAGGUUCAUUAUCUAGCUCAUGUGUUUCUGUGUUGGCCGGGGUGGUUCUAAAUCAGAGGCAACGAGUAUCAGCUGUUGCUUGUUGUCUCUGAUUGGGAACCAUACUUAGGCAGCCUGUUUUCCACAGUGUAUUGUGGGAUCUUGUUCCGUGUAUGGUUUGUGUCUGUUACCAAGGACUUCACGUAUCGUUUUGUUGUUUUGUUCGUGUGGUGAUUUAAUAAAAUAAGUAUGUUCGCAUAUCACACUGCGCAUUGGUCCACUUCCUCCAACGAUCGUGACAGCUCUGGAUAAGAGCGUCUGCUAAAUGACGUAAAUGUAAAUAUUUUAAAUAAGAGGUUUUAGUACAGAACCCAUAAGUGGUGACCAUGAAACAUCCCUGGAAUAAAAAGCCUAUCAGAUAUCUUCUGUGUAUAUCUGCAGUAGGACGGUUUGUGGGUAGUGGGCUAGUUGAGGAGCUCUUGAGCCUACAAAGAUGCACUGUGGUUGAUUAGACAUGGCUGAUUGGAGUGGGUUCUGACUGGACUGAAUCAAGCAGAGACACUGAAACAGGAGGUCUCAAUCAACACUCUCAGUAAUGGCGUCUUAACAGGAGAAAGCAGAGCAGAACAUUUACAUCUCUUUAUGUUUACCAUACAAAACCCAUAAAGUAUGCUGAAUUUAUCCAAAUCACUUGGGUUCAGAUCUUAGUAUUGGCAGAUAAAUGAUGCACGUAUAAUUUGUUCCAAAUGCAUGACUCCUACAGAAAGAGAGAGACUGUAAUGUCUAACUGGUUCUUUGGUGACACUGGAUAUUUUUACCUCAGUGGUGCUGUACAGCUCUAUGAAGUCAGAGACAGGGUUGGGUAGGUUACUUUAUACAUGUAAUCCAUUACAGUUACGCGUUACCUGUUCAAAAUUGUAAUCCGUAACGUAACUUUUGGAUUACCCAAACUCAGAAACAUAAUCUGAUUUACUUUCAGUUACUUUUAGAUUACUUUCACCUUAAGAGGCACUAGAAGAAGACAAAAGUGAAUAUUACCAAUUGAACGACAUCUAUUGCAGGAUAAAUCAAUGUUUAGCGUUUACAUAGAUAAAUGGAAGUUGCAUUUUAUUUAUAGGUUUGUUAUGUAGGCUUCUUCUAACGCAUUGGUUUCUACUAAAGAUAAUAAUACGAUUUAAGCUAUUAAUUUACAUAAAAAAAUCAAAGUCUGACAAAUUUCCGGUCAUUCCGUUUAAUUUAAUACCUCUUCUUUUACCUGAGCAUAACCCAAAAUUGAAGGACAUAUUUAGCCUACUGUUGUCUAUGAUUUUGUUGUCAUGGAGGACCGAUUGGCAUUGCUUCGAGUUGAAAAAUAAAUGCUCUCAUGGAAUAGCAUGCUUUGAGCACUACCGAAAAAGGCUAUUUGCAUGUGAAAAAUGUAUGCCAUAUGCUGCAUUUGCUAUAGGCCUAUUGUUUACAGUGCAUUCGGAAAGUAUUCAGACCCCUUCCCUUUUUCCACAAUUUGUUACGUUACAGCCUUAUUCUAAAAUGGAUUAAAUAAAAUAAAAUCCUCAUCAAUCUACACACAAUACCCCAUAAUGACAAAGUGAAAACAGUUUUUUUUUUAAAAAUAAUAAUAAAUACGUUAUUUGCAUAAGUAUUCGUACCCUUUGCUAUAAGACUCGAAAUUGAGCUCAGGUGCAUCCUGUUUCCAUUGAUCAUCCUUGAGAUGUUUCUACAACUUGAUUGGAGUCUACCUGUGGUAAAUUAAAUUGAUUGGACAUGAUUUGGAAAGGCACACACCUGUCUAUAUAAGGUCCCACAGUUGACAGUGCAUGUCAGAGCAAAAACCAAGCCAUGAGGUCGAAGGAAUUGUCCGUAGAGCUCCGAGACAGGAUUGUGUCGAGGCACAGAUCUUGGGAAGGGUACCAAAAAAAUUAUGCAGUGUUGAUGGUCCUAAAGAACACAGUGGCCUCCAUUAUUAUUAAGAUGUUUGGAACCACCAAGACUCUUCCUAGAGCUGGCCGCCUGGCCAAACUGAGCAAUCGGGGGAGAAGGGCGUUGGUCAGGGAGGUGACCAAGAAGCCGAUGGUCACUCUGACAGAGCUCCAGAGUUCCUCUGUCGUGAUGGGAGAACCUUCCAGAAGGACAACCAUCUCUGCAGCACUCCACCAAUCAGGCCUUUAUGGUAGAGUGGCCAGACGGAAGCCACUCCUCAGUAAAAGGCACAUGACAGCCCGCUUGGAGUUUGCUAAAAGGCACCUAAAGGACUCUCAGACCAUGAGAAACAAGAUUCUCUGGUUUAAUAAUGUUUUUGCUUUGUUAUUAUGGGGUAUUGUGUGUAGGUUGAUGAAAAUGUUUUGUUUACUUUAAUCCAUUUUAGAAUAAGGCUGUGACGUAACAAAAUGUGGGAAAAGGGAAGGGGUCUGAAUACUUUCCGAAUGCACUGUAUGUUUUUGUUGGAGACACUUUGAUAUCUUGAUAAUUUGCAGCUGUUUAAGUCUAUCAAAAGUGUGUGAGUUUGAGCAUGUGUCCGUUAGGCUGGAUUUUUAAAAUGUUAUCAGCAUGAAUUAGAUUGAGCAAUUAAAGCCCCACUCGUGGUCUUCCUAAUUGAAACUUGUUUUUGACAGUAUGGAGCACAAUACCACAGAGGAGUUUAGAAGGGAGGAACCACCUCAAACUUUUAUUCCAUGGGCUGGGAUCUGCACUAUGCAGCUGUUGCAAGAGCCAGCUCAAGAGUGCAUUUUUCACUGGCUCUCCACAGGUUGCAAAAACAAUGAUUGAUAGGCGGUUUAAACUUUUUCAAUUAACCCGUUAUAGGGUUGAAAUACACAUAUACAUUUGUGAACAGCCGUCCACAACAACCACAAUCCGUAAGGUGCAAAUAGCUAAAUGAGAGAGCAGCAGUGUGAGUCAGACCAUUGCGCUAUGUAGACAUCAAUAAUACAUUAUAUCUGUAUAGCCUGUAGGCUACACCACUGCUGUCAUCCUUAGCUCCAAGUGUUUAUUCAAGUUGGAUAAUCUUUGGAUGCCGACAGCAGUCGCACCAUUGGAAGACAUACUGUAGCUUGGACUGUAUCCUACAAAAGCCUAUCCCUGCUCUUUUCCCGCGAUCCAUCAAACACAUUAGGUGUGUCAUCAUAGUGGUCUCUGACUUGUGGUCAGACUCGCUCAGGCGGAACAAACUUAAACUUGCACCUUUUUUCAAUGCUGAUUUGAAUGUCAUUGAGAAAACAGAAAGGUGUCAAAUAUUCUUAGAAGUAAUCAUCUAGUUUUUCAAUAUAUCUGUAAUCCGAUUACACUUUUUGCUGGUAACGUAAUGGAUUACCGUUUUUAAAAAAUCCAUUACUUGUCAUCCGUUACUCCCCAACCCUGCUACUAAUGAUAGCCUAGGGGUGGUGUCUGUCAGUUCGGUGGUCGUCAGGAGGUAGGGAGAGUGCCCACUCUCAGUCACACAUUCAGAUGGAAGGCUGCAGGCUCCCUGAUGCGCAGGGUGUGGGUGUGAAGGUCACAGGGACCAUACUCACCUCCCAUGAAUUAUGGUUUUAAAACGAACCCUUUAUCACAGGAGAAUAAUGAUGUACAGUGAGUAUUAUACUAGCUCAAUGUCAUUUUUGACAUUCAGUUGCCCAUGCUGUGUUACCCACAAAUGAAAGUGAUAAAUAUAAUGUAAUCGUAUGUAGCCCUGAUUAUUCCCUCCUCCCCUCUCUGUCUGCAGCCCCGUUUCCCGUGGAAGAGCCGUGUGUUUCCGCUGUGUGAGGAUGAGGAGACGGCUCUGAGGUGUGAUGAAGAGGAGCAGGAGGAGCCUCGCUGGGAGGAGAGAGCGAAGGCAGAGCCCACCAGCAGCACAGACGAGAGCAGUAUCUCUGUCCAGUCACACCCAUUCUCAGCCCUGUCCCUGUCCAGUACAACAGCACCACCUGCUGGAGAUGAUGGGAACAACAGUGUUACAGCAGAGUCUCCUCAGAUGACUUGGCUUUACCACUGCACAGCACAGGUAGCAUGUACAGUUACUUAUGGAAGUGUGUAUUUUGUGUUGUUGAAUGCAUGUAUCAACCAGUUUGUUGAUGUGGGCUGGGUAAGUCAUAAAUCAGUAGUGUUACAGAGAGCACCGCCACGCCUAACUGCCUUUCACUGAUCCAUUGCUUAAGUGUGUUCCGCACGCCUUUAAGUGCCUGUUUUCUGUCUUCAACAGGUCUCCACAGGAGAUUAGGAUACCCGAGGGACAGCGAUACAAGAGGAGGCCUGAACUCCCUGGUGGAGAUGACUUCACACCAAAU